GCGCAAUCUCGAAAGGUGUUCGAGUAGUUCACUGCGUACUUGCAUUGCUCACUUGCUCCUGCCAUGAAGCGUAUUACUGCGCUGAUUGCCGUCGCCGGGGCCGCCAUGGCCUCGCGCAACGAAUCGUCCGCGUCUCGCGGACUCCAAACGACGACCGCGCCGUUCUGCUGGCUCAACUCGUAUCCCCGUGGCGUUGGCAAAGUACCCAGCUCGUGCGCGGCAGGCCAAGAGCGAAUUGGACUGUUGUGCUACCCGAAUUGUCCUCCUGGCAUGUCUCGUAAGGGCCUGGACUGCCACUCGAACUGCCCCGAAGGCUUAGAGGACCAAGGCCUCUUUUGCCGCAAGAAGGAAUACGGCCGAGGCGUUGGCUUCCCUUGGAAGUAUGGCGACGGUCUCAGUGACCACGGCAUGUUCGAACGUUGUGAAGCAGCCCACGGCACCGGCAACUGCGAGAAAUACGGCCUUAUUGUGUACCCGAAAUGCGAAGAGGGGUACACCGCCUUUGGCUGCAGCACUUGCCGCCCCAAGCCACCAAACUGCCAGGAGUAUGGACUGGCCGGCCGUUUCGACCUGUCUUGUGCAAAGAAAGUUGUCAUCGGGGAUCCCGAGUUGGGAACGUGUGCGUCGGGCGAAGAGCGAGACGCUGGACUGUGCUACAAGCAGUGCAAGACAGGCUUCUCUGGCGUCGGACCGGUCUGCUGGGGCCCUCCCCCGUCUGGUUGGGUCCGAUGUGGCAUGGGAGCCGCCACGACCUCGACUCAAUGUGCCGAAAUCAUGGUAGACCAGAUCAUGUCGGUCGGCGAGAUGGUGCUCAAUGUUUGCACGGCGUUCUCGUCAAGCUCAGCUAAGGCGCUCCAGGCCCCGGUCGACUCGGAGAUCUUGGCCAAGCUCAAGAACGGCUGGAAAUCCAUCAAGUCCAAGCCUGAAGUUAAAAACGCCAUCAAAGCGUACGAAAACGCGGACCGUGUCAAGACAGGCUAUGAGGCCAUCGAGGACCUUGAAGAGGCCCGCACGGCGGAAGACUACGUCCGCUUUGCUGCGACGAUCGCAUCUAUUUUAGAUCCCACUGGCAUGGCGGGGGUGAUUGCCGCGUACACGUACUCGACGUGCGACAAAGUUGCCCCCCCAGACAACUGCAUCCUCGACGAUUAG